CUCCGGAGGGCGGGGGCGGCCACCGCGCCGCGCGGCCCCAGCGCACGAGGAGCAGUCCACUUCGCCGCGGCGGGCCCCGACGGCCGGAGCUUGGAUGCGGCGGCGCCCGCCGAGCCGAGGCGGACGCGGGGCGGCCCGAACCGGGGACACGCGCCGGUAGCCCCGGCACUACAGCGGCCGCAGGAUGGCCGAGGCCAUCGGCUGUACUCUGAACUGUAGCUGCCAAAGCUUCAAACCAGGGAAAAUAAACCACCGUCAGUGUGACCAGUGCAGACAUGGAUGGGUGGCCCACGCUCUAAGUAAGCUAAGGAUUCCCCCCGUGUAUCCAACAAGCCAGGUGGAGAUUGUCCAGUCCAACGUAGUGUUUGAUAUUAGCAGCCUCAUGCUGUAUGGGACCCAGGCCAUCCCUGUUCGCCUAAAAAUCCUACUGGACCGGCUCUUCAGUGUGUUGAAGCAAGAUGAGGUCCUCCAGAUCCUCCAUGCCUUGGACUGGACCCUCCAGGAUUACAUCCGUGGAUACGUGCUGCAGGAUGCAUCAGGAAAGGUGUUGGAUCACUGGAGCAUCAUGACCAGUGAGGAAGAGGUGGCCACCUUGCAGCAGUUCCUUCGUUUUGGAGAGACCAAGUCUAUCGUUGAGCUCAUGGCAAUUCAAGAGAAGGAAGGGCAGUCCAUCAUCAUCCCACCCUCCACGGCGAACGUAGAUAUCAGGGCUUUCAUCGAGAGCUGCAGCCACCGGAGUGGCAGCCUGCCCCCUCCUGCAGACAAAGGAAACCCCGGCAGUAUACACCCCUUUGAGAACCUCAUAAACAACAUGACCUUCAUGCUGCCCUUCCAGUUCUUCAACCCUGUGCCUCCCGCACUGAUAGAGUCAGUGCCUGAACCAUAUGUGCUGGAGCAGGGUCAGGACCAAAGUCAGGACCCCAAACAGGAAAUCCACGGACCCUUCCCCAACAGCAGCUUCUUAACUUCCAGUUCCACCCCAUUUCAGGUUGAAAAAGAGCAAUGUCUAAACUGUCCAGGUCCUGUUACUAAAAAGGAAGACAGCGCCCAUCUAAGUGACUCCAGCUCAUACAACAUCAUCACAAAGCUCGAAAGGACACAGUUGUCCCCAGAGGGCAAAGUGAAGUCCGAGAGGAACAGCCUCGGCACCAAGAAGGGCCGAGUGUUCUGCACAGCGUGUGAGAAGACCUUCUACGACAAAGGCACCCUCAAGAUCCACUACAACGCCGUCCACCUGAAGAUCAAGCAUAAGUGCACCAUCGAAGGCUGUAACAUGGUGUUCAGCUCCCUGAGGAGCCGGAACCGCCACAGCGCCAACCCCAACCCCCGGCUGCACAUGCCAAUGAACAGAAACAACAGGGACAAAGACCUGAGGAACAGCCUGAACCUGGCUGCCUCUGAGAGCUAUAAGCGCCCGGGUUUCAGGGUGACUUCUCUAGACUGUCGGCCUCUCCCUGGCUACACUGGUUCAGGGGAGGAUUCCCAGAGCCAGCCAGCCUUCCCAAGCAUUGGCCAAAACGGAGUGCUUUUUCCCAACCUGAAGACAGUCCAGCCGGUCCUUCCUUUCUACCGCAGUCCGGCCACCCCGGCUGAGCUAGCAAACACACCUGGGAUGCUACCUUCCCUCCCUAUGCUGUCCUCUUCAAUCCCGGAACUGGUUUCCAGCGAAAUGCCAUUCGAUGCCCUGCCCAAGAAGAAAUCACGGAAGUCCAGUAUGCCCAUCAAAAUAGAGAAGGAGGCUGUGGAUAUAGCGGAUGAGAAGAGGCACACUCUCAGCUCAGAUGAAGACAUGCCCCUGCAGGUGGUCAGUGAAGAUGAGCUGGAGGCCUGCAGCCCCCGGUCAGACAGAGCCCCAUCGGGAAGCUUAGGGAAACCUGGUCUUGAAGGAGAGAGGCCCUGCCAUCUCAAACCGGCGAUCGAGUCCAACCGAGCCAUCCACCAAACCCCCGAGCAGGCCACAUACAACUCGGAGAGGGAGACUGAGCAGAAGUCAGUGCUGACCGUGGUGCCGCGGGACGGGGAGGAUGGUGGCCGCGAACCUCACCUCACCCCCGGGGUGGAGCCCUGUGUCCCUUUUCCUGACUAUGUCAAACUACAGCAGCGCCUGCUGGCUGGGGGCCUCCUCAGUGCUUUGUCCAGCCGGGGGAUGGCUUUUCCUUGUUUUGAAGAUUCCAAAGAGCUGGAGCACUCAGGUCAGCACACAUUAGCGAGGCCAAAGGAGGAAAAUCGCUUCCAGUGUGACAUCUGCAAGAAGACUUUUAAAAACGCUUGCGGUGUGAAAAUGCAUCACAAGAACAUGCAUGCCAAAGAAACGCACACGUGCACGAUGGAGGGCUGUAAGGCCACAUUCCCUUCCCGCAGGAGCAGAGACAGACACAGUUCAAACCUAAACCUCCACCAAAAAGUGUUGACUCAAGAAGUGUUGGAGAGCGGUGAAGAACAUUUCCGUGCAGCUUACUUGUUGAAAGAUAUGGCUAAGGAGGCCUGUCAGGAUGUGGCUUUCACACAGCAAGCCUCCCCGACACCUGUCAUCUUCAAGGGAACGAGUCGGAUGGGCAGCCUGGUUUACCCAGUAGCCCAAGUCCACAGCGCCGGCCGGGAGAGCUACACCCCCGGUCUGCCAAGCGAGGGCACCAUCCUGGAUUUGAGUACUACCUCGAGCAUGAAAUCGGAGAGUAGCAGCCACUCCUCCUGGGACUCAGACGGGGCAAGCGAGGAAGGCACCGUGCUCAUGGAGGACAGCGAUGGCAACUGUGAAGGGGCGAGCCUGGUCCCCGGGGAGGAUGACUAUCCCAUCUGCGUCCUGAUGGAGAAGGCCGACCAGAGCCUUGCCAGCCUGCCGUCUGGGCUGCCCAUAACAUGUCACCUCUGCCAAAAGACGUACAGUAAUAAAGGGACCUUCAGGGCUCACUACAAAACUGUGCACCUCCGCCAGCUCCACAAGUGCAAAGUCCCAGGCUGCAACACCAUGUUCUCGUCUGUUCGAAGUCGAAACAGACACAGCCAGAAUCCCAACCUGCACAAAAGCCUAGCCUCCUCUCCAAGUCACCUCCAGUAACAAGGUAGUGGACCACGUUUGCUCAGAUAAGCAUUUGUCGUAAUUCAGGAAUAAGGUAGUCCAGAGAAAAGUUUCUAACUCUGUUUAGUUACCAUUUGGGGCAAGCGAGGCAAAGAAUAUUUGAGUUGACUUCAUAGUCUUCUACAGCAGGAUGAGCAGAA